UACAAUCAGCAUGUUGUUACUCUAGCAGCUUUCAUUAACUCGCAGCCUUAACAGUAAUCAUGAAUAAUCUGAAGCACUGAAGUUAAAAUAUGUUGUAAUUACAGCCUUUACUGACAAGGCGUUCAAUACCAUUUUAAGAUAGAAACAGUGAAGCACGCAAAUUUGAGACAUGGAAUUAGUCUACUUGCUCUAGAAAAGGUCAAAGCUGAUGUAUAUAUAGUGAGACAGGAGAUAAGUAGCGGGAAUCUGGCGGUGCAGACGACGGAUUAAAGCACGUAAAGCAAGUUGAAUAUUACAUAACAGUAAUUACAAUAGUGGACUUGGAGGACUUUGUAGUUUUUUCGUCUAGCAAGUAAUAUAAUUUGCUACUAAAUAAUUGACCAUUUAAUUUGACCGAAUGUGUCUUUAUUGUAAAGCGUUGAUAAAUAUACUGUUUAACCGUUCAUAAAAAGACAGUUGGAAAACGGUUGAUAACGAUAGAUGAUUUAGAACAGGGAAAAUAGAUUUUUUUGUAAUAAUUACUGCUAUAUUACAUUUUGUUACAAGCGAUAAUUGAAACACAAAGUUAAACAACAGGAUAUCGAAAGUUAAUAGGAUUAGAACCUGGAAUUAUUGGAGCGCUUUAUUAAUAUUGACCAAACUGUCAUUUAGAGUUCAUCUUAUUAAUUUUAAGGACAUACGCAAAAAACAUGUCAACUAUGGCUGCUAUUUCGUUGAACUCCAGACCUGAAGUACUUCCAAGUUACUUUACCAAUGAUUCUGUUGGAUAUGCAGUGAACACAACUAACAUGACGAACCUAGAAAACAGAGGACCAUCAGAUACAGCGCUGUAUAUUGGUGGUAUCAUUAUGUUGAUUGCUCUGCUUUGUGGUUUGUUCGGUAAUUUUCUAGUCAUGAUCGUAUGUUUCACCAAGCGGGACUUGAGUAAUAUUAUCAACAUCUUCAUCAUAAGUUUGUGCAUAAACGAUAUUAUCAACCUUGGAUUUAACAACAGUUUAGUUCUGUUGUCGUACUUUCUGGGAACUUUCCCGGCAGAUAUGUUAGUGUGUGAGCUCCUUCAGCAUUUAACUGUUUUGCUGAUGGGAUCGUCCUUAUGGCAUACUGGCCUUAUCGCCAUACAUCGUCUCAUCGUAGUUGUAUUUAAUACAUUCUACAAGAAAAUAUCAAAGAAGGCAUACACCAUUUUUGUCUUGAUUUUUGCCAGAGUUGUACCUUUGUUGUUCAUAAUGCAACCUUCACUCGGAAGCAUGGCUUACUAUGAACCCAAACUUAUACGUUGCGUUGUAAAGAAAGACUUUGGACCAUUUACUCUGCUUGUUUCUGUAUUUUUAAUGAUGUUACCAUCGGUGAUUCUGAUUUUAUGUUAUAUAGCCAUAUUCAUCAAAGUUCACCAGUCAUCGAAGUCUUUUAGAGGAUCAAGACAGCGGGAUUGGUUGAAGAGAGAAAUCAAAAUCACUAAAAUGUUUGGAAUGAUUUUCUUGUUGAUUCUAGUUGGCUACUUACCUUAUGGAAUCACAAGAGCGAUUGACAAAAAGCUUCAAUGGAAUGGCGAUUUUUAUGUAGCUAUUACUGUGUUUUUUGCUGUUGCAAAUAGUUCGAAUCCAAUUGUAUACGGUAUCAUGGAUAAACAAAUACGAAGUGCUUGUUUCCAGAUUUUGGGGCUACGCCCAGUAGAUGUAAAUAAAAACGGUGGACCAAUUACAAUGCAUUCAAAAAUAUCACACGCUGAUACGUGUGUUGAUACUGAAGAUUUACCAUUGAAUUCAUCACCUGGAAAAGCAGUGUAAGAAUAGUUGUGACUUGCUCAUUUUCAAUUGCCGAAAAAACUGAAAUCAUGUAUUGACAAUCAGUUUGUAUAUAUUUGUAAAUAUUCAACAGCUGAUAUUAAUUUAUUCUUUAUUUAUCAAAGAAUUUUUAAAAAGCUGUAUAAGUUAUU